AUGAGCAUCUACAAGCUGACAGGAGCUGUACUGCACCAUGGCAACUUGAAAUUCAAGCAGAAGCGGCAUGAGGAGCAGGCCGAGCCAGACGGCACAGAGGUGGCUGAUAAAAUCGGCUACCUGCUGGUCCUGAACUCAGCUGAGAUGCUGAAGGCUCUGUGCUACCCCAGAGUGAAGGUCGGCAACGAGUGUGUGACCAAGGGACAGACUGUGCCUCAGGUUAAUAACUCAGUCUCGGCUCUGGCCAAGUCCAUCUACGAGAGGAUGUUCCUGUGGAUGGUCGUCCGUAUCAAUGAGAUGUUGGAUACCAAGAAUCCAGGGCAGUUCUACAUUGGUGUGCUCGACAUUGCCGGGUUUGAGAUCUUUGACUUUUUCAACCACACCACGUUCGUCCUGGAACAAGAGGAGUACAAGAAGGAGGGAAUCGUCUGGGCCUUCAUUGACUUCGGCAUGGACUUGGCUGCCUGCAUUGAGCUUAUUGAGAAGCCAUUGGGCAUAUUCUCCAUCCUUGAAGAGGAGUGCAUGUUCCCCAAGGCUUCAGCCACUUCCUUCAAGGACAAGCUGUACUCCCAGCAUCUUGGCAAAACCAAGGCGUUUGAGAAGCCCAAGCCAGCCAAAGGCAAGGCAGAGGCCCACUUCUCCCUGGUGCACUACGCUGGCACUUUGGACUACAACAUAACUGGCUGGCUGGAGAAGAACAAGGACCCCCUGAACGACUCAGUUCUUCAGCUGUACGGGAAGUCUUCAGUCAAACUGAUGGCGAUCCUGUAUGUCGCUGCCCCACCUGAGGAUACAACCAAGAAAGGAGGCAAGAAGAAGGGUGGUUCCAUGCAGACUGUGUCCUCCCAGUCCAGGGAGAACUUACAUAAGCUGAUGACCAACUUGAGGAGCACUCAUCCUCACUUUGUACGCUGCCUGAUCCCCAACGAGUCAAAGACUCCAGGUCUAAUGGAGAACUUCCUGGUUAUCCACCAGCUCAGGUGUAAUGGUGUUCUGGAGGGGAUCAGGAUCUGCAGGAAGGGCUUCCCCAGUAGAAUCAUCUAUGCUGACUUCAAGCAGAGGUACAAAGUACUGAAUGCCAGUGUCAUCCCCGAGGGCCAGUUCAUGGACAACAAGAAGGCUUCUGAGAAGCUGCUUGGGUCCAUUGAUGUGAAUCACGAGGACUACAAGUUUGGACACACCAAGGUGUUCUUCAAAGCCGGUCUGCUGGGUGUCCUGGAGGAGAUGAGAGAUGAGAAGCUGGCCUCUCUGGUCGGCAUGGUCCAGGCUCUCAGCCGUGGAUUCCUCAUGAGGAGAGAGUUCACCAAGAUGAUGGAGAGGAGAGAUUCCGUCUUCACCAUCCAGUACAACAUCCGUUCAUUCAUGAAUGUGAAAACCUGGCCAUGGAUGAAGUUGUACUUCAAGAUCAAGCCCCUGCUGCAGAGCGCUGAGACUGAGAAGGAGCUGGCCAACAUGAAGGAGAACUAUGAGAAGAUGACGUCGGACUUGGCCAAGGGUCUGGCCAAGAAGAAGGAGUUGGAGGAGAAGAUGGUGGCCAUGGUGCAGGAGAAGAAUGACCUGGCGCUUCAAGUCGCAUCUGAUUCAGAGAAUCUGAACGAUGCGGAAAGGUGCGAGGGGCUCAUCAAGAGCAAGAUCCAGCUGGAGGCCAAACUCAAAGAGACGACUGAGAGGCUGGAGGAUGAGGAGGAGAUGAAUGCUGAGUUGACUGCCAAGAAGAGGAAGCUGGAGGACGAGUGCUCUGAGCUGAAGAAGGACAUUGAUGACCUGGAGCUCACCUUGGCCAAAGUGGAGAAGGAGAAGCACGCCACUGAAAACAAGGUUAAAAACCUGACAGAGGAGAUGGCGUCUAUGGAUGAGAGUGUUGCCAAGCUGACCAAGGAGAAGAAAGCCCUCCAAGAGGCCCACCAGCAGACACUGGACGACCUGCAGGCAGAGGAGGACAAAGUCAACACUCUGACCAAGGCCAAGACCAAGCUGGAACAGCAAGAGGACGACGCCCGUAUUGAGGAGCUGGAGGAGGAAAUUGAGGCUGAGCGUGCUGCCAGGGCCAAGGUUGAGAAGCAGAGGGCCGAUCUCUCCAGGGAACUUGAGGAGAUCAGCGAGAGACUGGAGGAAGCCGGAGGCGCCACUGCUGCUCAGAUUGAGAUGAACAAGAAGCGCGAGGCUGAGUUCCAGAAGCUGCGUCGUGAUCUUGAAGAGUCCACCCUGCAGCAUGAGGCCACAGCCAACCUGCAGCGCGUCAAGCAGAAGCUGGAGAAGGAGAAGAGCGAGUACAAGAUGGAGAUUGAUGACCUCUCCAACAACAUGGAGGCUGUCGCCAAGACUAAGGGCAAUCUGGAGAAGAUGUGCCGUACUCUUGAGGACCAGCUGAGCGAGCUCAAGACUAAGAAUGAUGAGAAUGCUCGCCAGGUCAACAACAUCAGCGGACAGAGGGCCAGACUCCUGACAGAAAAUGGUGAGUUUGGCCGCCAGCUGGAGGAGAAGGAAGCCCUGGUGUCUCAGCUGACCAGAGGCAAACAGGCCUUCACCCAGCAGGUGGAGGAGCUGAAGAGACUGAUUGAGGAGGAGGUCAAGGCUAAAAACGCACUGGCCCAUGGUGUCCAGUCUGCCCGCCAUGACUGUGAUCUCCUGAGAGAGCAGUUUGAGGAGGAGCAGGAGGCCAAGGCAGAGCUGCAGCGCGGCAUGUCCAAGGCCAACAGUGAGGUGGCUCAGUGGAGGACUAAGUAUGAAACUGAUGCCAUCCAACGCACAGAGGAGCUGGAGGAGGCCAAGAAGAAGCUGGCCCAGCGUCUGCAGGAGGCUGAGGAGACCAUUGAGGCGACCAACUCAAAGUGUGCCUCCCUGGAGAAGACCAAGCAGAGACUGCAGGGAGAGGUGGAGGACCUCAUGAUAUACGUUGAGGGAGCCAACGCCAUGGCCGCCAACCAAUAUUUGAAACUGGCAGACCAGUUGUAUAAGUGA